CUAUAAACAUCGUCCAGUGUUUUUGCCGUGGCAGCCUCGGCAACUUCCUCCUCAUAUAUUUUCCAAAUUCCUGUGCUCCCUCCAUCUCUCCACUUCUAACUUUGCAUCCUGUUCAGUUCUUUCGCUUUUUGAUUCAUUUUCUGAUUUCGUAGUUUGAAGCCACGUUGAUCAGCAGCAUCGAUCAUGAAGGAAAGCAUGGCAAACCCUCUACAUCUGAAAUCUUUGAACCACAUCUCCCUCAUCUGCCGAUCAGUUGAGGAAUCAAUAAACUUUUACCAGAAUGUCCUCGGCUUUGUACCAAUUAGGAGGCCUGGCUCCUUUGAUUUUGAUGGGGCAUGGUUAUUUGGGUAUGGAAUUGGAAUACAUCUUUUGCAAUCUGAGGAUCCAGAGAACAUGCCCAGGAAAACUGAGAUUAAUCCUAAGGAUAAUCAUAUUUCUUUUCAGUGUGAGAGCAUGGGAGCCGUUGAGAAGAAGCUGAAGGAGAUGGAACUGAAAUACAAGCGAUCCAUGGUGGAAGAAGGUGGCAUUCACGUUGAUCAGUUGUUCUUCCAUGACCCGGAUGGCUUCAUGAUUGAAAUAUGUGACUGCGACAAUCUCCCCGUGGUUCCUAUCGCCGGCGGGAUGGCACGGGCAUGUUCCCUUGUCAACCUGCCUAUGUUGCAGCAACCGCAGCAGCCGCAGAUAAGAGUGAUUCAGCAGUAAGUAAUUGUGUGGCAAUAAGAUUCAUGAGAGGAAGCAAGAUCUACUACUACUACUACCAUGUACUACUAGUUGUUUUGUGCUCUAUGUAUUACUAUUAUGUGGGUUUUUGUAACAAGACAUUAAUUAAUUGAAAAUGGUUAUUUUA